AUGGCAUGCACUUUCAACCGAGCCACCAAGGUGAAGAAGCGAGUGGCCACAGCUAGGGCUGGAUCUGAAAAGGACCUAGUCGAGCGCCUCAACCGUAUCGAACAAGCUCUCGAGGCGGCUCGGCGGAACCAAGGCGCCCAGGAUGCUGGGGAUGAGGGGCGGGACCCAUCCAUGUCCCCAUCGUCAUCAUCGGCGCCAAUGUCAACCGUCGGGCCGGACCCCCCGGCCGCCGACGGGACCCCGGAGGCAUCCCAAGUCCGAGCCUAUGACUCAUCUAUACGGGCAUCCGGCGCUACGGUGGGUAAGAUGCACUUUGCCGGCUACUACAUGGGCGAUAUCAGCUCUUACAAUGGCAUCCCGUUUUUCUCCGCCGACGGCCAAGACUGGAUUCGCUCCCGGACGGGCGAAGAUGCCUCCAUCAACACUCUAUUUGCUCUUGGCCCACUGUGGCAGACCCAGCACCCGGUUCCCAUCCUUCUGGGGUUCCCGCAGACCAACACUGGAGGUGAACUUCCUAAUCGGGUGACUGUCGAAGAGUACCUGGCGCUCUUUCGUGCCUCUCACUUUGGGCUAUCGUUCCCCCUUAUCGACCAUGCCUUGUUCAUGGAAACAAUCGAACUGGCUUACAGCUCGACUGACGGUUCACCGAGUCUCGAGGUCGUGACAGCAAAAGCAUGUGUCUUUUCAUUCUUUGCCGUUGUCUCUCUUUUUCAAGAUGAGUGGAAGUCGGUGCCAGAGAUCGAUGGCGAGGCGUGUGCGGGAGCAGCUCAAAGCCUGUUGGCAAUGAUCCUCCAGGACACCAAUAUCACGGCUCUUGAGACCGUCUUCAUGCUGAGUUUGUAUCAUCUCUUCUGCGGCCACCUCCAACAAGGGGCCAUGUUCCACUCGGCCACAUGUCGAGUCCUCUUCAUGCUUGGCGGGCAUCUCGAGCCCGGGACGAGCCGCACCCCCCAUCAGUCGCCAAAGGCUGGGGACGACCAUGCUUGGCGAGUGAGGAAUCAGCUUCGGAGGCUGUUCUGGCUGUCGUACAAGCUUGACAAGGAGAUUUCCCUACGAACGGGUCAACCCCCGAGCAUCGACGACGAGCACUGCGACCUGACUCUUCCGCAAAUGGACUGGUGGACGCGAGCUUCUGACGACACGGGUGGUUCGCCAUCAUUUCUCGACGAAGCGACAAUCACUUCAACGCUGCAGCCAGAUUCGCUGCAGCUGACCAUCAUCAAAUCGAAGAUCAGUCGAAUGCUGUAUUCUGUUGCGGCGCUGAAGAAGAGCGACGCGGAAAUGCUGAGAGAUAUUCGCGAGUUGGAUGAUGAGCUGGAGGGAUGGAGAAUGUCAGUACCACAGUCGUAUAGGCCGACUUUGACGUUCCCUCGAGGGACGAUGACCAUCAGGAAAGGCCGGUUGGGCAUGGAAGAGAUCAUCCUCCACUUCGAAUACCACUACUUGAUGGCCAUGAUCCAUCGAGCCAGCGGCAGGUGUCGAUGCUGGGCAAGUGGUGAAGGCGGUGGACUGGAGGGAGUAAGCUCGAGUCUUGCGCUAUCCGUGCAAGCGAGUCGAUCAACGCUAUAUUUCCUGCGAGCCGCCAUUCAUGGUGUUGAGCAGGUUGCGUUCUGGAUGGUGGUUUUCUACCCCAUGUCGGCUAUCCUAACGAUCUUCUGCAAUCUACUCCUCGACCCUCUAAACGCAAAGGCCGAAGAGGACAUGGAGCUUUUGCAAUCAGUGCCAAAGCUGAUUGAAGGCAUGCGAAACCGCCGCUUGACGGCAUACGAGGUGGCUCAUGUCAAGAUGAUUGACGAGUUUGUCCUGGAGUUGACCCGGCUUGGCACUUCUGCUAUCGCUAAGGCCAAGCGCGAGCAACUGGCGAAUUGA